AUGGCUGCGCGCCGGACUACCACAUGUGCGUCAAGACGACGUACCGCCAGGCUGGGGCUUUCUCAUUCUUCUUCUUUAAGGUAUGUGCCUUCACGCCCCUCUCCCUCCUACUUCACCUCCCCACCUCCUCUUGCCCCCUUCCUCUCGUCCCCUUCCUCUCGCCCCUCUCGUCUCGCCUAUUUGGGUGGCCUAGCUGGGUGGACUGCGGCUUCCCUCCUUUCUUUCUACCACAUGUGCGUCAAGACGGCAUACCGCCAGGCGGGAGCUUUCUCAUUCUUCUUUUUCAAGGUCUACCUACCGGGAACAGGCCCUUUCUUUGACAUUGCCAUGAAGCUGGGAGCCUUUCUUUCUUACUUUGAAGUGCCAGAACACGGCCCUUUCUUCGACAUUGCCAUGAAGCUGGGAGCCUUUGCGGCUAAGCUGUACAGGCGAGUGAAGCCGUCCAAGUACAGGAAGCGCAAGGACUAUGCCAGUAUCGAGCUGGCCACUAUGGAGUCUCGAAGCCUGGCCGCCACCUUCCUUGCUGCGUUCGGCGAGCCCGUCAGCAACGACAGCCGCACGCACGUCACAUUGGUCUCCCCGCAUGCCCAGGACAAGCAAGCAGCAUUCUCCACCUUCCGCGCCUCCCACUCAGUGAUGAGCCAGCCCAUUGGGAAAGCAGCGAGAGCUCUGGUAUCAGCAGUGAGGCUGCUAGACACGGUGGUGAAUGUGGAGGACUUGGCCAAGUACAACCCGUCGGGAGUGCUCAACAUGGUGGUCUCCUUCGGCCACCCCAUGUGCCGCAACGCCGUACGAUUACUAGACACGGUGGUGAACGUGGAGGACUUGGCCAAGUACGACCCGUCGGGAGUGCUCAACAUGGUGGUGUCGUUCGGCCACCCCAUGUGCCGCGAUGAGAGAGGGGAUGCGGGAAGGGACACGAGGGGGAGGGAUAAAAGGUCCAAGGGUUUGAAAUGGGAGGACUUGGCCAAAUACCACCCGUCAGGGGUGCUUGAUAUGGUCGUGGCGUUCGGCCACCCCAUGUGCCGCGAUGGUGAGAGCGGUUGGAUGUGGGUGGCAGGACAGUAUGGGGGGACAGGGCCUUGUGGGUGGGGUGGUGGGGAAAGCAGAGCAGAGCACUGCUCUGCCCUGCCUUUUGGAGGGCAGAGCAGUGUGGUGAGAGGGGAAAGGGACAGGCAGCACACGCCACGUGCUGAGCACACACACACACACCAUGUUGGCAUGGCACAUGUUGCUCUAGAGUGCUCCACUCCACAUAGUGCUGCCCUUUGGCCAACCCGUUACCCAUGUGCCAUGAUGAUGCCUGCGUCAAGUGUGUAA